UGCAAUAAAGUCACGUUCAACUGACAGGAGAAUGCAUUUAAAGAACGUAAUGACUCCUCGGGUGAUUAAAUACAGUGUUUCAAGCUAGUGAUGACGCUAAAUCGUAUACAUUAGUGUUGAUAUCGUAGUGACAUCCUACGCAAGGAUUCUGUACUUUUGACUUGAAAAAAUAUAAUACCUAAAGGAUAUUGGCAACCAGAAAAAAAUGGAUAUUGUUUUUUGAUAUCUUAAAGUAGGAAUAUCAAAUUGGGCAUCGCUUAGGGCAUGUGGACCGAAGGAACCUAGAAACCCAGUUACUGACGAAGAUAUUGAAGGAUGUAUGAAGCUGCCUUGUGUUGUCCAGUGGAUGGUCCAUGUUGAGUGUUGCUUACUGAAGGUCAUGUUUACAUGGUGGAUUUCCUGGCUGUGGGCGUGGCUGCUGCUUUGGCCGACGGGAGCGUGUGUGGGCGGUAGCGUUGAGUCGGAGUGGGCGGCGGCGAUGAAGCAUGAGCAAGGAAGAGUCCUUGAAAUUACUCAGGGCCUUGAAAUUGGGCAGGUCCCGGAAAUUGGACAGGGCCUUGACAUUGGACAGAUCCCUGAAAUUGGACGGGGCCUUCAGCUGGGGCGAGGCCCACAAAUAAUAGUUCCCAUGGGUGAGGAGCGUGUGGGCCCCGGUAUGGGCGGCUCGGCGGUACAGCUCCUGGGACUUGAAGGAUCACAGCAUUUUGCCACACAACCCACACCACAGACUGCUGUUGUCGGUUCCACGGUGGUCUUCCCCUGCAGAGUCAUCAACAAGGUGGGACACUUGCAGUGGACCAAAGGAUCUUGGACGGGGAACCGAACGAGACUGUUUGGGGUUCCCCCCGCACGCUUUGACGGCUCGGGACGAUGA